AUGUCGUAUCGUCCAUCAUCUGCUCGUCGUCAACAAACGAGUAUUAAUCCAAUAACAGGAGAAAAAAUUGAUUAUAGUAAAAAAGUUCAUUUUAUAAAAGAUCAAACUAUACCAAUCAUUCCAUCAUUAGAUCUUAGUGGUGUAAAUGAUAGUGAUCGACAACCGCCACCUUCAGCUAAACAAUAUCAUGGAUCUGCAAGACCAGGAUCUGCACAUGGUGGUGUUAAUGCUCGUUUAGGUUCACAUAGACCAGAAAGUCGAGCUUACGGAAAUUUUGAUCAUCAACAAGCAAUUUAUACGAAUCGUCAUGGAAAUAUACUGCAAAAUACUCAAUAUGAUCUAAAUCCUGAUCGUGUACCUUCAAUGGAUAUUCAAAUUGUACCUCCACCACGACCUGUAUCAUCUCGUUCUCAACGAGCUUUAUCAACUCGUUUACCUGAUUCAGUUCGACCAGCAAUGAUACUUGAUGGAAAUUCUGGAUUUACUCCUCGAACACCAUUUAUAUCAUCAAUAAAUUCUCCAAUUGAUGAAUUUCAAUUAGCUUGGUUAGAAAGUGGAAAUCAUCAAGAUUCUUUAAAAAAAGUAGCUGCUGAAGAAAAAAAUGAACAACGAAAACAUGAAUUAAUGACUGAACAAGUUUUAUCUGAUCAAUUAUCUCGUUAUGUAUUAAGUGAUCUUGAACAAGAAGAUGAGCGUCAUAAACCAAUAACUAUUCAACAACAACCAAGACGAAAUCUUGAUAGACGUAUGCAUAAUACAAAAGUUAAAACAAGUACAUCAUUAACAGAAAAUUUACUUAGUAAACGUAUACGUUUUUCAUGUCGAAUUUUAACAAGAGAUGGAAAAGAUGCAUUAAGAGAUUUAUUUGGUUUUUAUUUUAUGCUUGAUAGAACAUUAGCUGUUUACGAAUAUCGAAUUUUAGGAAAACGUUCAAAUGCAUUACCACUAAUACCUCGUGGUCAAUAUGUUCAUUUAUCAGGUUACAAUCAAGGACAACCAUAUACUUUAUUUGAUUUCUAUCACGGAGCUCAUAUUGAUUUUGAAACACGAUCAAUAAUGUCCUUACCAGAAAGUGUUUGUCAUCGAACAAAAUUAACAAUUUCUAUUAUUUCAAUAAAUGAAGAAGAAAAACAAACAUUAUUACUUGAUGGUGUACAAGAUGUGAAACGUCGAGAAAUUCUCUAUGCUAUAAAACAUCCAUAUAGUACAGAACAACUUGAACAUCAAAGAUAUUUAGCUGAUAUUUAUCAAUUAACAAGACCACAAAUAAAACAACGAGCAUUAAUUGUUUAUACAAGUUUAGCUGCAUUUUAUCGUAAACGAGCUAAUAUAAAUCAUGAUGAAAAAGAUACAAUUUGUAUAUGUGAAAAAGAAGAUUUAUUAUCUGGAUUACAUGAAUAUAAAAUACAUUUAAGUGCUGGACAUUUUGCUUAUGUUUGGUCUCAUAUGACAAUACAAGGUGAAGCAAAUGAAUUUCUUAAUUUACUUUUUGGUGAACUUAAUGAAAAACGUUUUGCGCAAGUUAUAAAAGCUUAUUCAAAAUUAGAUCCAUCUAAAACAGGUUAUACAGAUAUGGAUACAAUGAAAAAAUUUGUUAAUCUUUAUGGACAUCCAUAUGCAAUUCAACAUCAUUUAUCUGAUGAAAAAUUAUGGACACAUUUUUGUGAUACAUUUCGUUUUGCUUUACAUUAUCCACAUGUAUCAUAUUCAGAAUUUCUUAAUGUUUAUGAAGGACUUAAUAUUUCUGUUGAUCAAGAUGAUGAUUUUAUUCAUCUUGUUAAUAAUACAUGGAAUAUUUAA